UUGUGUGCCAUUCGUAUCUGAUCAGUGCAAAACGAAAGCCAUGCGUAUCCCGAUUUUCAUCGCUCUGUGCCUGCUUUCAGUCCUGGUCCUGACUGGCGCCCAAGUCACAAGACCCCUUUGCCCCUGCCCAAGGCUCUAUCGACCUGUCUGUGGAUCGGACAACGUCACCUACAACAACUUAUGCGAACUCAAUUGUGCAGCGCUAGUUAAGGAUGUUACUUUUGAAAAGAGAGGAAGAUGCUAAUAAAUAAAUAAUAAUAAACAUUAACAAUGGCAUAUACAGAACGAA